AUAAUAUUUAUAUAUAUAGAGAGGUUAGGCUUGUUCGCUUUUGGGAAAAAUAUAGAAAGAAUAUAUAAAUGGAAGAGAUUUGCAUAAGAGAUCUGGUUGUGUUGGGAGUUAUUUCAUGGACAGUGGCUUUUUUAUUGAUAAGAAAAACAUUUCCAAAGCGUUCAUUUGAGUUCUGUAAUCGUCUUGUUUCUACCAUCCAUGCAACUGUGGCUGUUACACUAGCUUCCCUCUCCGUUCAAGAUUGGAAAUGCCCACUUUGUCCAGUGGCUUCAACUUCUUCUCCCACGCAGAUGAGAGCACUAGCCAUCAGCCUCUCUUAUCUCAUAUAUGAUCUGAUUUGUUGCCUCUUUGACCAAAAAAUUAGCAUUGACAAUUCCGUCCACCAUUUGGUCAGCAUUGUUGGAAUAGGAGCUGGCCUUUCCUAUGCAAGAUGUGGAUCAGAAAUGGUUGGAGCGUUAUGGUUAACAGAGAUCUCCAGCCCCUUUCUCCACCUCAGGGAAGUCCUCAAAGAACUCGGAUACAGAAAUACUGACCUGAAUUUAGUAGCCGAUAUAUCGUUUGCAGUGAUAUUCACAGUUGCCAGGAUGGUCGGUGGGCCCUAUCUCGCUUACGUCACUCUUACUUCUAGAAAUCCUCUUAUCAUACAGGUCAUGGCCGUAGGACUUCAGCUGGUCAGCGCCUUCUGGUUCUACAAGAUAGCAAGAAUGAUUACUUAUAAAUUAAGACAGAGAACAACCUCUGAAAAAGUUGCUUAAAAAUACAAAUUGUGUUGUACUUCUGGUUCUACAAGCACUUUAGCUCAAAAACAUAUCAUAAAAAUGAUUUAUUGGAUUGAAUAUUGAAACAAAUCAAAUAAAAAGGCUUGAAGAAGUCACUAGUUGUCUUGA